GUGUCCCAUCCAUCCCAGCUGGAUUUAACAGACCAACCUGUGCACAUCAGCUGUUUUCUAAUAGAAACAUAAUCAGUGUAAACUUUUAAACAUGUGGAUGCUUGGCUAAUUGCGUAAAAAGGCGCACACGUCUGGAUGCUGCACUAAUAACCCGGACUGAAACCUUCUUCGUUUUUUUUUUUAAAUAAUUUGUUUCUUUUGGAUCAGCUUUACACGUGCUGCGCUGCUUAUUGAAAAUAAGCUUUUAAUUUUAGUCCUGAGUGAUGGCUGGCUCUGCUGCGCGCGCACCGGACAGCCAGUGUUUCCUCUUUGACGGUAAUAAAAGUGGCACGACUUACCCACGCUGAACAUCAGCGAAGAGGACGCGGCGUGGUGGAGGGUCUCCUGGUUCUUUGAUAUAGCAGGGUUUUUUUUUGUGACAGUCGCUGUGCUCGUCUUGUUAUGCCUCCCAGCUGUGAAGAUGACAGAUGUCGCCGCUCACACUUUGACAGACGGCACCAGCAGCUCCGCGCGCCUCUCCGAUGAAUCUGGACUUUUCUUCUCGACCGAAGAAAAUGAUUCACAACCACCUGUUCUCCUCAGAGGGGACUUCUGUUGUCUGGGCUGUACUUCUGACUCAGUCAG